AUGAUGAGCUUCAGCUUGAUGACCUGGGCAUGGACUUCUCCCAACUGCACAAUAGCAGACAGCUCCCUGCUGCCUAACAUCUCCUUCUACGUCCCGUUCUGUUCCUUAACCCAAGGACUGCAUUUUUUUGCCUCAUGCUCCAACGUGAAAGACCUGAUUCAGACGCUAACGGUGGUGCCCCGCAAUAUAGAGGCACUCUGCCUCCAGGGCACAGUGUCUGAGCUACCUGCUGAUGCCUUUGGACACUUUCCCACACUACAGCUUCUGAGGCUGCAGCUGGGCACCAUCAAGAUUACCUCCGGGGCAUUUCAAGGGUUGGAUCAGCUGCAGCACCUUUCCUUUGAGCAUCAUACUCCCUGUUGCCUGAAUCUGUUCCUCCCCCCAGACAUCCUGGAGCCCCUUCAAUUCCUCAACACCCUUUCCUUCCAGGGCUACUGUCUGAAUUACAGCCGGAGCAUCGCGUUACCCCUCAGUCUUAGUCGUCUGACACUGAGGCACAGCUGUCUGACAGGGCUGCAGGAGCUGCAAGGGCUCUUCUCAAACCUUAUCCCUUGUUCCUCUCCUGCAACCAAGCCCUGCCCACCAGCUCCCUCCCUGGAGGUGCUGGAUCUCUCUGCCAACCUACAGCUGAGCUGGGUGGGGAACAGAGUUCUGCGUGGCUUCCGGCUGCAUUCCCUUAGACUGGAUGGCACCCCGCUAAAUGCAUCAGACCUCCCAGGUUCAGGACUGAGCCACUUGGACUCCCUCUCCCUUGUGGGAACAGGUGCAGAAAAACUGCCCGGGAACACGACAGGCUACUUUGGGCUUCAUGUACUCAACCUUGGGAGGAACAGAAUUCGCCACCUAGAAGAUGGGGAUCUCCUAAGCUGUGGCUCCCUGGAAGUCCUGAGCCUUCAUGCCAAUGGCCUGCAGGCACUGCCCCCCAGGUUCCUAAGCACCCUACCCCAACUUUGGAAGCUCAACCUGUCAAUGAAUGAGCUUGGCCCAACCUUGCAGCUCCCCGAAGGACUGGUCAGCUCACACCUGCGAGUGUUCGACCUGUCGCACAAUCAGCUCCGUGUUCUGCCCUCCAGGGCCUUCUCCUCACUGCCUCAGCUCCAGGAGCUCUGGCUGAGUGGUAACAACCUCUCCAACUUAUCCAGUGAGAGCUUGGAGGGACUGAAGGAACUGAAGGCCCUCGACCUGAGUUGGAACCAGAUUAAGGUGCUCGAGCCAGGCUGGCUCUCCUCUCUGCCUGCCCUCACCUCCCUGAACCUCUUGGGCACCCAUUUAGAGAGACUCUGGGGCAGACAGCUCCAGGGGCCCCAGAGGCUGAGCCAUCUGUGGCUGGGUUCUUCUCAGAUGCUGGAGAUCUAUCCUCCUUGGCCUCCGGCACUGCUCAGCUUGGAGUUAUGGGUAAACUCUUUGAUUGAUUUUAGGAUCCCCAGUGGAGAACCCUUCUUGUUCCUGGAGAAUCUGACCGUACAAGCGACUUACAUGCUGCUGAGUUUGAACAACAACACAUUCCAUUUCCCUUCCCUGCGUCACCUCACACUGCGAGGCUGCAGCACCUCCAUUUUCUCUAGACAACAACCCCCGAAAUUCUUCUCACAGCUCCCCUUUCUGGAGCACUUGCACUUCUGGUCUGACCAUGCAGAUACAGAAAAUCUGCGUCUACUCACGAUGCCCAGGCUGCGGGUGCUGGAGCUGGGGGACCUGAGCUGGCCAUCUGAGUCAAGGCCAGUGAAGCUGGAGGUGCUACUCAAAGAGCUGCCUCGGCUACAGGUGCUGGCACUGAGCAACUUGAACCUCGGCAACCUCUCCAUCUCCAGUUUCCAGGGCCUGGGCCUGCGGCUGCUGGUGAUCAACUCUGAAUGGGCCCUGGGGCUGGAUGACAGCCUCCAGGAACUAAUUCCCCAGAUGCCUCAAUAUGUUUAUUUCUCCAAUAUAACCUUCACUUGCCAGUGUGAAAGCGCUUGGGUGGGGCCUUGGGCAGCGAGAGCCCCAAACACCUUUGUAUAUGGGCUGGAGACAUCCAUCUGCAGGGCCAAUGCCUCUGACUACUCCAGGACCCCGCUGCUUUCCUUCCUUUCUGGUCACUGCCCACAAGACUCUGAGUUUCAGGGCUUUUUAACCAGCCUCACUCUGUUGCUCCUGCUGACCUUCUUCGCGUUGCUCGGCUGCCCUAAGUGGCCCUGGCUUUACCACUUCCGGACCCUACGUCAUGCCUUCUGGUGGAAAUUGUGCGGGCGGCGGCCCAGAAGCCAGUUCCACUACGAUGUUUUUAUAUCUUAUUGUGAGCAGGACCAACUCUGGGUGCUGGAAGAUCUGGUCCCCGCCCUGGAGAAGCCACUCCCAGCUGGUGAAGGCUUAAGGCUCUGCCUGCCUGAGAGAGACUUUGAAGUUGGGCAGGACAGGAUGGAUGCUAUGGUCACCAGCAUGGAAAAGAGCAGGACCGUCCUCUGUGUGCUCAGCUGCCAGGCCCUUCAAAGUCCCUGGUGCAACCUGGAGUUAAGGCUCGCCACCUACCAUUUGGUGGCCAAGCCUGGGACUGCUCGCCUCCUGUUGCUGUUUCUCAAACCUAUCGAUCGGAGACAACUGCACAGUUACCACCGCCUGGUCCGGUGGCUGCAGAAGGAAGACUACUUCGAUUUGUCCCAAGAGAGGGUAGAGUGGGAUGCCUUCUGUGAGCGACUCCGGAAAAGGAUAAGGAAAGCUGGGCAAGAGAGAGAGGAUUAG